CAAACUUUUGUAGCUCAUUUGUACACCGCAUGUUUGUGUUGGUGUAAAACUAAUUUUUGUUAAUGCACCAACAUUUUGUUUCCGUGUAAAUUUUAAUUAACGUACCAAUACUUGUGUGAGUGUAAACCUUCAAAAUGUUUGAUGUACACUAGCAUUGCUCUUAAUAUAUUUGUCUUUCUUCAAAAAAAAAGUUGAGACUAUGGAUCGCUAGCGAGCUAGUCAUCAAAAGGAUAAGAUUUAGGCAGUUCGUGGCCUCAUGCCGUUUCAUUCCUUAAGAUAAAGCUCCCAAGAUCAUGCUCACCCUCUCCAAGCAAAUCCCUCUGCCCCUCACACAGUUCCCCUCCAAACCUCACCCCAGCCCCUGCCUACCUUUCACACUAGCUACAAUUAAGGCCGGUGCUUCCGGAGAUGAUCCGUCUCCGCGGGCUCCACCACAGAGCCCGGUUGGGAUGCGGUUCCGGACAGGGCCCAGAAAACGAAGACAGAUGCAGCAGGAGGUCGGUUCAGGCGACGGAGGAGCGGCGAUGAGAGCAAAAACGCCGCCACCGGCUAAGGAUCGGGAAUCGAUGAGCCUUGGGGAGAAAGUGGCGGAGAUUUACAUGGGAGAGAAGGGUGUUCUCUUCUGGCUUAACAAAUUCGCUUACGCUUCCAUCUACAUCGUCAUCGGAGCAUGGAUAGUGUUUCGGUUCGUCGGCCCCGCCCUCAAUCUGUAUCAGUUGGAGGUGCCUCCCUUGGCUCCAGAAUCCAUGAUUAAGGGUUCAUAAUAGUAAGCUCGAUCAAUUUCGGGCAGGGUAUUUCAACUAUCAAAGAUUUUAGGCGGACUGAGGAGUAACAGAGAUUCAUCGCUGGGGGGGACAAUUUCUUGGAAUGUUGAUCCAAAAUGUCAUUUGUUGAUCCAAAUUGAAAUUGAGAUUAAUUUGUAGUCUUUAAAACCAUGUGUAAUUUGUUGGUCCAAUUUGGCUACACAUAUUGUUCCAUGAAUGCCAUAAGUUCUCGUAUCCAACUAUAUACUCCUCCUAAUGGCAUUCUUUUAUUACGAAUUAAAUAUAUUUUAAAAUAAUUAAAUAUUAUAAAAAAUU